CGCGGACUAUAUUGGAGAUGUUUCCCGUUUGUAUGUAGCGUAAUUAGCGUGAAGAGAAGAAACAGGCAAGCUGGGCCGUUUCAGUUUCCACCCUCUCGUCUCCUCUCUUUCAUCCAGGUCCUCCCGAGUGCACUGCUAGGUUCUCGGCAAAAGGCCCUAUCAUUCUGUGACCAGCUUGGUGAUUUACAAUUUAUUCAUUCUCACAUAACAGGAGGAGGAUGAGAACUAAAUUCUGUAUUUAGUUUGAUAGUGAGUGUGAUGCUGGCAAUGGCAGGACGAUGGAGACGGCCGUAAGAAGCCUUACCGUACCAGACAUCGUAAGUAACCAUACCAUACCAGACCAUACCAGAUCGUACCAGACUAGAACCCCCUCACCCAGACCUCACCCACCACAGUAACAAUAAUUAUAGUGGCUGUAACUAAGCGUGCAAGUCAGAUUGCACCCAGCCACUGCCAGGCGAGGCUCCACUGGGCUUAACUUGGGCUAAUGCGCCCACUCAACGACUAGCAGACUAGCAGUGCCUGGGGAAUUCCGUGUUGCAGAAGCUCCGGCCCCACGCUGUGCAAGGGGAAUAGAUGGGAGGAGAAGACGAAGGAGAAGAACAAUAAUAUUAAUAAGUACGAGCAGAUGCAGAUGCAGCGCUGGGGUGUCGGGAGCUUUUCUGCGGUGACUCGUACCAAGUUGCUGCGUUUUGUGUGUAUGUGUGUGUGUGUGAGUCUUCGUGCGGGCCGUGUCCAGAGGACGGCUGUGUGUGUCCCCGCGCGGUUAACUACACACAAAGUAUUUCAACCUCGCCUCCCCAAACUUAUUUCCUCCUCCUCUUUUCUCUCUUUUUCUCUCUUCUCUCCUCUCCUUUCUCUUUAUUCCUUUCUUCAUCAGCUGGAGAGUUCUGAAGGGUCUUGCAACGGAUUCUCAUCAGGCUCCAGUUUAUCCUCUAUUUUGUAGUCCCCACCUCUCUAACCCCCCCGUCGCUGGGCUUCGGUCCCACUUGUUUCUCCUUCCCUACCGCGCUUCUUCCUCUAUACUUCUUUCUUCCUCGUCUCGUUUCUUGGUUGCGCCCUUGAUUAUACCAUUAUACACAUCUAUAAACCGUUAUACCAAUCAAAUACUACUUCUGCGUUCCUGUGAGAGCAUAAAUACCCGGUUACAUCCAGCAUUCUAUUCUGCUUUUGCCUUUACGAUCUCUUGGAAUCUUGCGCUCGAAUCCCGCAGGUGGCGCUCUCGUCCCAGGUUAUUUAUAAACUGCCCCAGCGGAUACGCCGCCAAUCCUGCGCUCUGUUUUUUAUUUUUUAUUUUUUCUUAAAAACAUUUUUAUUAUUUUUUUAAUAUUUUUUCUUUCUUCUUCUUCUUCUUCUUCCCCGGGGUCUUCUUCCUCCUGACAGUUUUGUGUCAUUCACUCUAUCCUACGCUGCUGGUGUAGUCACCCGCGGCCCCUUCUGGAGUCACGUCCUUGACUCCUCUAAACACCUUGCCCGUUUUGAAUCUACGCACAUGAAUCCAUCCGUUCCACUGUCUACACCUUCAACAGUUUCAUCGACAUCGCAGACUUCAGAUAAUCCGAAUGGCGACCAGAUAACAAAGGCUUUGGAGAACACCCACCUCCCUGCUUCUGCUACGGCACAGGCGCAGGGUGGUGCGGUGUCUCCUCCCAAACCCCAGAAAUCAAAGAUGACAAACCGUUUCUCCCGCAUGUUUCAGUCAGGCAGGAUAACCAACAAAGAUGUCCAGAAUGUGAAGGAUGCAGUUGCACAGAGUCACGCGAAUGACGGCAAAUCAUCUCCGCUACCCACCCCCUCGGGAACCACGACCCCUCAAAGCGAUCCCUGCUCCUCAGGGCCUAUUGCCAAAACCUCUUCGAAGGAUAAAAAGGCUGAUGGAGAUAAGAAGCAGGGCAAAGAGGUCACCCCUCCACACAAACGAUUCGAACUCUUGGAGGGAGGAGUACAUAAGCACCAUUUGAAGAGCGCCAAGCGCCAGGAGAAGCUCUCGGAUAUGCUACGGGAUAUGCUGGGAGGCGGACGAAAGAAGGAAGAACCGGUUGAUGACCAGCAUCUCUCGCUGAUGUCAUCAUGGGUCGAUCAGCUCAAAACCGAACGGGAUAAGCUGGCAACAGACAAGAAGGGUGGUCCACAGUCCAACGCGACCCUCGUUGACAAAUACGGCAAAUGCCAGGAAAUCGUCGGUCGAGGUGCCUUUGGCAUCGUCCGCAUCUCGCACAAGAUCGACCCGAAGGACGCCAAAGCCGAACAGCUCUAUGCCGUCAAAGAAUUCCGUCGCCGUCCUCAGGAAACGACGAAGAAGUAUCAGAAACGCCUUACCUCAGAAUUCUGUAUCUCCUCCUCCCUCCGCCACCCCAAUAUCAUCCACACCUUGGACCUCAUGCAGGAUUCCAAGGGCGAUUACUGCGAGGUCAUGGAAUACUGCGCCGGCGGCGACCUAUACACCCUCAUUCUCUCCGCCGGUAAACUAGAGGUCGGCGAAGCCGACUGCUACUUCAAACAACUUAUGCGCGGCGUCGAGUAUAUGCACGAAAUGGGCGUGGCUCACCGCGACCUCAAACCCGAAAACCUCCUCCUGACGACCCACGGCGCGCUCAAGAUCACGGAUUUCGGCAACGGCGAGUGUUUCCGCAUGGCCUGGGAGAAGGAGGCGCAUAUGACGGCUGGCCUCUGUGGGUCUGCGCCGUACAUCGCGCCGGAGGAGUAUGUUGAUAAGGAAUUUGAUCCACGCCCUGUGGAUGUUUGGGCUACGGGCGUUAUUUACAUGGCGAUGAGGACGGGGAGGCAUCUGUGGCGUGUUGCGCAGCGGGAGGAAGAUGAGUUUUAUGAUCGGUAUCUUGAGGGGAGGAGGGAUGAGGAUGGCUAUGCGCCCAUUGAGACGUUGCAUCGGGCCCGCUGCCGAAACGUUAUAUAUUCCAUCCUCGAUCCGAACCCCACACGCCGCAUCACCGCCUCCCAGGUUCUGAAGUCUGAAUGGGUCCGCGAGAUCCGCAUUUGCAAGGCGGGGGAGGAGGGGCUUUAGUUAAGAAAGGCAAACAAAGACAAACAGAUGGAUCAAACCUCUGUUUUUAUGAGAACGAUUUUUUUUUCUUUUCUUUUUCUAGUCUUAAUUUUACUAUUACCUUUUUUUCUUUUUACCCUCCUCUUCUUACCAAUUUUCUUUCUUAUCUUUUUGGUUCGUUCUCAACAACAUACCUACAUAACUAUCAAUAUACCGAAUUGAAGUAGUGAAUGAGAAAAGGUGUCCAGGAUGCCUUUGAACUCUUUGGCUCUCUUUUUCUCUCUAUAUAUCUCUCUACCCCCUCUCCCCCUUCAUUUCAUUCAACUAACUACAUUGGUUGUGGGUAGGAGUGGGGGGUAUCUGUUUCUUCUACCACUUGCUUACCUCUUUUCCCGCAGCAGAGAGGAGAGGAAUCAUGUUUGUGUGAAUGAUUUAUGAGACAUGAGACAUGAGACAUGAGAUGUGGUGAUUGGGAUGUCAUUGAAUUUUUUCAUAUCUAACUUCUUUCUGUUCAUCCAUUUUGUUUCCCCUCAUUGACCUCUCAGAGAAGAAAGGAGCAGGGCUCAUUUCACUUCUAUUAACUUACUUUUUUUCUUGUUUUUCUCUGCCUCUCUUCCUCCCCCACCCAAAAAUUCUGGUCAAUGUACUGUUGACUGUUUUGCCUCUCUUCCCCUUGCAUUAUGACAUAUACAUGAGUUAUGAGUCCGCAUAUCCCCCUGCUCCAUACAUGUCAAUGAAUAGGGGGAUGUCAUUUUCAUCUCCCUGCCCCGCUUUUCCUUUCCUUUCCUUUUCCUUUUCCUCUCUUAUUCUUGUCCCUUUUACUCUCAUCCACCUUCGCAUACACCACCCAUACACACACAGACACAAUUUUUUCACAUACAAUGCGCUGGCGCUGGCUUAGGGAAUCGUAUAAUCCUUCCCCGCUAAUUUCCACUCCAUUCAUUCACCGCAAACAAAUAUCCUUGACGGGAAAUAUUCCACUCCUCCCCUUUUCUCCAUCUCACACGAGCAUGUUGUAUGUGGUAUUGUACAGCGCAAACUCAAAAGCCAGAAAACAAAAAGAUCCCUGAAUAUCUUGAGAGAGUUUAUUAGAACAUAUGAGGUCGAUGCAUGAAUGAUUGUGUUGAAAUCUUUGCCGGUUGAGUCAAGUCACUUCUAUUCCUCCCUCUUCUUGUGAUGAUGAUAAGUGUCGGGGUUGGGGCUUGCUGCUGUUUUGUUUAUGCUACGGAGGAGAGACUUUUAUGUCCGAUGUGCGGGUUAAGAUGGGUAUGGUUUAUGUGUGGGCGCAAUACAUGCUAUUCUUUUGGAUUAUGCAGUACAUAUAUAUGUGAAGCGCAGAGCUAUUCGACACAGUCAUUCCUCGCUGCUAAUCUAGCUAGAGUCAGAUACGCGAUUCAUCAACUAUUUCCAUGCGUGCCACAGCUGAGCGGUCAAGAGAGUAGAGGAAUAUAUUGAAGUUUUCCUUCUUCAUUCAGCUAUGAAUUUUAUUACUUCAGGAUCCAAUAAAAUACAAUACAAACGUAA